UAUUUAAAAAUAAUAAUAAUAAUAAUAAUAAUAAUAAUAAUAAUAAUAAUAAUAAUAAUAAUAAUAAUAAAAUAAAAAACUUUCAAAAUUGAUGACAUAUUUCAUGGACUACUAACGUGGGCAGAUAAAAAUAAUAAUAAAAAAUAAAUAAAUAAUAAAACAUGCUAUAAAUUCUCUUCCAGUGUAUUCACUGAUAACGGGGCUGUGAUGAUGAACACGCAGAGCUCAGCAGGUGUGUGCGCGCGAGCGUGUGUGUGCGUGCUGUGCGGGUUACCUGCGGUGGGGAAGUCCACACUCACACACCUCCUCUCUGAUCACCUGCACACACUCGGCUGGAGGACUUUUAUCAUCUCAUAUGAUGAGUUAAUACCUGAGGAGGCUUUUCACUUCACCACACCUGAGAGAGAGGAGGAUGAGGAUGAGGAGAAAUCUAAAGAGGCGGGGUGGAAGCAGCACAGACAGGCCGUGUUGGAGUGUGUGGACAGUUUCCUGCAGGAGCUCAGCGCUGACAAACCUCACACACACACUGCAGGAGGAACAGGAAGUGUGUGUGAACACUUUAAAGAGGCCAUGAAGAAGCAGCAGAUCCUCCCAGUGUUACAGAACACACACUCCGGACCUCAGAGACUCGCCCUGCUGCUCGACGACAACUUCUACUACCACAGCAUGAGAUACGGAGUGUACCAGCUCGCCCGGAAACAUUCAGUGGGGUUCUGUGAGGUCUACCUGCACUGUCCGCUAGAAGUGUGUCUCCAUAGAAACAGGGUCAGAGGUCAGCCGGUGCCGGAUGAUGUCAUCAUUGAGAUGGCCAAUCGCAUGGAGCCUCCAAACACCGUGAAGAAUCAGUGGGAGAAGAACAGUGUGACUGUGGACAACAGACACACCGUCACACACACACACCUACAGGAGAUGCUGCAGGUGAUUUCUUCAGCAGUAGAAAAUCCUCUGAGUCCAGUUCAGGAUGAUUCCGAGCAGAGGGAGGCAGACAGACAGCGCUGUGCCUGCAGUGUGGUGCACCAGGUGGAUCAGGUGUGCAGGAGACUCGUCUCUCAGGCCAUGGUGACGGCGAGAGCGUGCUCGCAGAGCGGCGAGGAGAUGAAGGCGUUAGCGAGAGAACUGAGUGAGGAGAAGAGUCGCUUCCUGCAGGAACUCAGAGCUCAGGUUCUCCAGCAGCUGGGACAGGACGAGUGUGUGUGUGUGGAGCACGUGGUUAACAUCGCGACCGACACGUUUACACGCAGAACACACGUGACGAUGCAGCGGCGCGGCGUUCACUCCACAUCCAGCUCAUAAUCUCACACGCAGAACAGCUUCACUUCUAAACAAUAAAAUCAGUCAGCGUGUCUCUGCUGAGAUUCACUCACCGAACUUCACUUCACUGACCUGUAAAAAAUGACAUUACAAUAAACAAUUCAGUUAUUCAUUUAAAUACCUAAUUAAUGCACUUUUUAAUGACAUUUAUUAUUAAUCACAACAGCCUAAAAGCCCUCACUUUUUAAAUUAUUAAUUACAAUAAUUAAACAAUUAUAUAAUUCAUUUAAAUACCUAAUUAAUGCACUUUUUAAUGACAUUUUUAUUAAUUACAAUAAGAGCCAAAAAAGACUUAAAUGGUAAAUGGCGCACUUAUAUAGCGCUUUUAUCCGUGUCUCAUUCACACACUCUCACCAGUGGUAGCAGAGCUGCCAUGCAAGAGCUUGCCAUCGGGAGCAACUCGGGGUUCAGUGUCUUACCCGAGGACACUUCGGCAUGUGGAGUCACGUGGGCCGGGAAUGGAACCGCCAACCCUACGAUUAGUGGACAACCCGCUCCACCACCUGAUCCACAGCCGCCCCCAACUGAAUUGACUUUUUUUUAUUAAUUACAAUAAGAGCCUAAAAAUACCCAAUAAAUACACUUUUUAAAUAAUGAAUUUUUAUUAUUAAUUACAAUAAGAGCUGAAGUGAAGCCCUAAUUAAAUUUACUUGAUUAAUAAUGUUAAUUGUUGCCUUCAUUAUGGCAUCUUCUUUAUUUUCUAACAUCAACAAUUAUUUAAAAUUAUUAUUUAUUGUGAAAUGCAAUAAAUUGUAUAUACACACACACACCAAUUUUUUUCCCCAUCAGAUAUAAUUAAAAUCAGAUUUAAAUAAAAAGACAGAAUUACAGUACACAGCUGUUAAUGUUAAUUAUAAAAUCAUAAAUGUUUGUUUCUUCGAUAUAUUUUUAAAUAAAUUUAGCUUUAUUAAUUUAGAGAGAAAUUCUUCAGCGUACGUUCGGUAUCGUUUUGUUCAGACGUUAAUUAUUUCCUGAUGCGCAGUUGUGUUCUCACUCAUUUCGGUUAAACGUGUCAUUAUUUCUAUGUUUUGAUGAAAUGACGUUUUAUAUUUUAUUCUGUGAAUAAGUUUCGCUGAUGGAAUCCUCCUUUCUGUUUGUUUUUUUUAUUCAGAGAUUAAAAUCGUGUC